UUGUGGUUUGCAAACAACGAUCCAUCGCUGUGCCAGUGCCGGGGCUCUGCUGGAGGAACGACGUGAGGCCGGCGGAGGGAGGGAGGGAGGGGCAGGAAAAAGAAGACGGACUAGUGAACUUGCUUUGGUUUAAGUAGCCGAUGUUAAAGCGCGGACAUCCCGACCGUAGGUGAGCUACAGACGUAUGUUCUGUUCAUGUGACGUCUGGUGGGAGACAGUGAGGUAAACGUCCUGGAUACGUGCACACACACACUCAAACACACGGUCUGAACGGGAUGCCCGCGUGACUGCGGGGAGGAAAGAGGCGGCGGAGGAGGAGGAGGAGGAAGAGCGGGCCUAGGUGCGUGUGGACGCAAAACGCCAAAGGGACCGAAACCUUCGAAGAACGGUUCAUUUCAUCUCGAGCGCUAUUUCUGGCGCAGCUUAAAAAAACGGAAGAUAUUUAUUCCUUGUCCAGAUAAUUAGUGUCGUUUCGCGACCGAACCGACGUGAUCCCGGCGCCUGGGUCUCCACGCCGUCUUUUCUUUGCCGUGACGGGAUCGGGAUCCAGCUUAAGGUCGGAGCGGUGCGCGCAUGUGUGGACAUGUCAUCGCCGCUGAGGCUGGAACGACGAGAGAUCAGCUGCUUUCUCGGGAUGCUUUAGAAACUGCGGCCUGCUCGGCUCUCCGGUUACCGCAAUGCCGCGGGCUCGAGGAGGGAGAGACGGUGGGAAGAGGCUGGAGACGAGGGAGCAGGGAAGUGAGCGAAAUGAGAGUGUAACAAAAAACUAGUCCCGUCUUUGUGCUUUUGCAGAGUCAGCAUAAAACACUCUGGAUCAUUAGACUGUAGAAGUGCAUGGGAUGUGAGCGGGUGAGGAAAGCAGGCUGGUGUCAUGGCUGACGUGUCAGAUGAGGUGAGUACGGCGGCUGUGAGCGGGUAGUGGCUGCUCAUUUCUCAACUUUCUGCUGACAAAGUUCUUGGACGGGCUGUAGUGUGCGCCAUGGGUCCUGCGCAGCACCCGCGGCACCUGCCAGCGCAGACCUUGUAGCAUAGCUGUGACAAAGUGGACCCUCCAUCUCUUUACUGUGCGCGCAACCGGACUUGGGUUCUCUGAGCUGGGAGGAAGUCGGACCCGAGCGGCGGCGCCGGCCAUGCCUUCGCCGUCGGACUCCAGCAGCGUGGCUUCGGCCUCGGGCUCGCGAGGGUGGUCCGAUAGCCGCAGGGGCAUGUCGGGCCGGGGUCCGGCCGGGGCCCGGCUGCUCCUCUACCUGGGGCUCUGCCACCUGGGCCUGGGGGCCAUGGUUCUGGCCUUCUCCUUCACCAGCAUGGCCUUCACGUCCUCGGCCCGUGUGAGGCAAUCCUGCCCAUUUUGGGCCGGGUUCUUUGUGGUGGCUUCGGGAAUCGUUGGAAUCAUCUCAUGGAGGAGACCUCUGACACUGGUGGUGUCGCUGUUCAUGCUGCUGUCUGCGGUUUGUGUGAUCCUCAGCCUGGCCGGCUCCAUGCUCUCCUGUCAGAACGCGCAGAUGGUCAAGUCUAUGAUCACCUGCCAGGUGGAGAGCGGCCUGUGUGUGUGCUGCGCGCCCACGCAGUCCUGCUCCAUCACGGAGGAGGAGACCCUGGUCCUGUACCUGAACGCCGACUGUCACUCGCUCAGACACCAGCUGAAGGAUCUCCUGUUCAGCGCUUGUGGUCUCAGCAUUCUCUCCACCAUCAUCUGCACUCUGUCCACCGUCACCUGCAGCAUCCACAUAUUCUCCCUGGACCUCGUGCACCUGGACGCCUUCCUAACCAACAUCAUGGACUUUGAGGAGUUUGUCCCCCCCAUCCCCCCGCCCCCCUACUAUCCUCCCGAGUACACCUGCAGCUCAGAGACCGACGCCCAGAGCAUCACCUAUAACGGCUCCAUGGAGAGCCCUGUGCCCCUGUACCCCACGGACUGCCCCCCUCCUUAUGAAGCCGUCAUGGGGCAGAGAGCAGCCAGCCAGGCGACGAUGUUUGACCCCCAUGGCACCGAGCUGUCGGGGGAGAGAGGAACCUCUACCGCCUUCAGCGGAGAAGUUUCCAUGGACAGUGGAUCUCUCUUGAUGUCAGAGAUCGUCGACAUUCCUGACGAUUCCUCACCGUCAGAGGACUCCUGUCUGAUGGAGGUCGGGCUGAGGAACCAGGGGGGCAACCGGGCUGCUGGAGACGGGGGGGACUACAUCAACUUCCAUGGAUCCCCGUCUCAGACGCCAGAGAGCCCUCUGGCCGGGGGCCCGAGAGCCAGGCGCUUCCUCAGAGGAGAGAGGUCCAACUCCUGCUCCUCACCCAGCACAGCCACCCCCACAUACAAGUCUCCGGUGUUACGUCACCAGGCCAUGCUAGCGCGAAGCUGUUCCCAGCUGGAAGCAAUAGGAGGCGCCAGCGCCCAGCAGCAGUCCUCUGUCCCGGAGAUCCGGGUCCGACCCUCCACUCCUCUACGCCAAGCAGCAGGCCCAGCCUCCUGCGCACCCCCCCGUUCCUCCUCCUCGGCCGCCAGCGAGCCGACCGGCGGUACCGGGCCGAGCCUCCCGCACCCACCGCUGUGCCUGCGGCGGAGGCCCGGAAGGAGCGAGAAAGACGGCGAGAGCGGGCCGAAGGGCGGCGAGGGCUUCCUGUGCCUGGUGAGGUCACACAGCGAACCGGGCCUCGGCUCCUCAACGGACACAGUGGACUUCGGCUCUGGAAGCAGCAAGGCGUCCACGGACACAGCCCCGUCCUCGGAGGCGUGCCUGCUGCCCCGCACCUCUCUGCCUCCAGCUGCAGCUUUGCCCAGGAAGGGCAGCAUGAAAUCAGCAGCCACCGGGGUGCAGGUCCCGGCCAAGCCCCCCCCCACCUCCCCGCUGCGUCUGCCCAAGGACUGCCACCGCUCGCUCGGGGACCUUAAGGUGACUCGGGUUCUGGUGGCUCGCUUCCUGCAGCGCUCCAAGCGCAACCUGGCGCCCUCCUGCGAGCACGCCGGGAGCCCGGCGCCGGGGCCCAAGAGGCGGAGCGGAGCUGAGGGGGCCUCCGCCAACCACCUGCCGCUGGAGCAAGUUUUGCGGCCGCCGUGGAGCUCGAGCCGAGGACACCACAGCCACCCCCAUCACCGCGGACACCACCACUCCCACAGUGACAGUCGCCACAACCGGCACAGCGGCGGCAGGGUGGCGGAGGGCAUCCACCUGCGGAGCUGUGGCGAUCUGAGCUCCUCCUCCUCGGCGCCGCCGCGCCGCCUGGUGGCGCCGCCGCCGCCGCACGGCUCGUCGGGGGCGCUGUGCUCGGAGUCCGCUCUGUGAAGGAAGACGCACUGUUUAAAAGCAGUAAACGCGCUGAAAGUCUUCCCUCCGUCUUCCUCGUUGCCGCCUCCAUUUACUGAAGCCAACCGUGCAAAUGGCCUUAUUCAGUGGUGCUCGCCCAACAUCUGCUCAGAGCUCACAGCUGUUUCAUUGGACACCAGGAGCUUCUUUCUUUUGACUCACCCGACCAAAAGCGCCAUUUAUGCUGUUUCCUCCACUGACUUCCUGUCAAUUCCUCCAGAGACCUUUUGCUCACACUGGAGACACAGAUCGGACUGGAAUCCACACUCACAUACAUGGGUCGCGAGAUGCUUUUGUACAUGGCUGUUUAUCCACAGGUUCGCUCAGGUGACGUGAUCAUGGAAACCUAUAUUUUGUCUUCCACUGAUUUCAAACAACCACAUAGACGAGUGCAGUGUCAGACAUUCAGGUGGCGCUCUCACACGGAAAGAGUUGCUGAGUCGGACUUCUCCUUUAAGCAAUUCGGGUUCACACGUGUCCCACCUCCGACACUGGCCUCAGAACCACGCCAGCAUUUCCCACACUGACAUUACUGCACGCACAGACACACUGCUCAGCCUUUGAAGCGUAUCGUACGAGCGGCCCCUGGACACGGUGCUUUGAUUUGCGUAUGUGCAUGUUUUGCUGCAGCCUCCCGCAUAGAGCCGGAGCCUUGUGCACUCGAUCCCGACCAUCUGUGUAACUAAGUAGCGUCCUCCGAAUGUCUAUUUGCAUGUUUUGACGAUGCUUAUUCCUUUUUUUUCCUCUCUUGCACCCAGGUCCUAUGAUAAUAGCCAUUUAAAUUGUGCUUGUGUUCAUAGAUAGUUGAAAGAAAAGGUCAGAGUCAAAGAUACGCAGCGUUCCCAAAAGUUCAGUGCCAGAUGGCUCCCAACAUGACUCUGCAUCCUAAUUUGAUUUUGGUUAGGUUUGAUAAUAUUAUACGACAUUGGCCAAAACAGUUCAAUCCUAUAAGUUGAAGGUGGAAGUGCAGAGGUGUGAGUUGCACUAGAACUCUGAUGUAAAGAGUCUCUGGCAAUAAAUGUACAGACACGGUUGUAACCAGGUCAGGCUUCCCAUUUUGUGUGGGCCCGUCCGUUUGGACUUCCAGAAGGUUCUACAGAACCUGAAGUGUUACAUUUAAACAGUUGAACGCUGACACAUCGGUGACAGUGGAUGUAUAUAAUGCGUCUGGCAGCUCUGGAUACUGACUCUUGAAGUGGUAUCAAUAUGUUUGUCGGACUGGAA